AUGGAAGAACUAAAAUCUACAAUGGAAGAAACUGAUGGAAAGGAUAUCUUUAUAGCGGCCGAGAAAGUUGCAGAACGAAGAGUGAUUCUAGAGAAUUGUUAUCAACUUUUAAAAGUACCCGAUUUUGUUAUGGAACCUCAAGCAGUUCAUGUAAUUCAUACGAUUUUGCUUAAUGAUGAAGAACAAACUGAAAUAAUUGAUUCGUUAUGCAAUAAUUAUGGUUCUUUAGGACAGUUGUCAAAUAUCCUUGGCGACUGGUUAACCGAUUUGGAGGAUAAUAAAGAUAUCGCAGAUGAAUGUUUCGAAACAACUCUAGCUUCUUUGAUUAUUAAACAUUUUCAACCUGAAAUCGCUGAUAAGAUAAUGGUGGAGGAAGAUAUCGAUCAGUGGCUCUCUGAUUUAAUCACAUAUAAAGCAUGGCGUCGUUUAAUUUAUGCAAUUGCUGAACUUUACCCAAAUUCUCUUAUGAUUAAUUUUGCUGUUAAAGUGAUUUCUGAUGCUGGUUUUCAACAUGAAAUUAGUAAUAUUACUACUGCAGCACAACAGUUAGAGAUAUUUUCUCGAGUACUGCUCUCUGCUGUAAAUACAGUUCUUGCUGAACACAAACGUGGCCCAAUGACUGAGUCCUAUGAGAAAGCUUUUGCAGAUCUCGUGAAGAUAGUAUGCCAUAGCGAACAUACCUAUCUUUAUACACAAACAUUGCUUCACGUUCUCAGCAAUGAAGAAGUUGGAACUGCAGCUGCAGCUUGUGCGCAUAUGUCUCAGAAACUUCGCAUGGUUGCCAAUGAACGCGAACAGGGAACAUCAGCAUUAUAUGUUGGUUUAUUGCAAACGCAUGAUGAACAAAUAUCACCGGCAAUGAUACAAGCUGUUAGAACGAUGUUGAGCAAGAAUUGUUUGAAUCCGGCGGAUAUAAGCCAACUUUAUCAGCAAUAUGCGUCACACAACCCACCACCAAUUGAGCUAAUUCGUGAUCCCAUUCUCCUUAACAUGUUGAUUGAUUCUUUAUUUGCCUUCGAUGGUGUCAAGGUUCAUACCGAUCAUCGACCGAAAUAUGUUUAUUUGUUGGCAUAUGCAUGUUGUGUUGGAGAAUAUAAGAAAAAUAAUGUGCGAAUGGCAAGUUAUUUGCGACUCUUGCAAAAUCAUCAAGAAUUAGAUAUGACGAGAGAUUGCAUUGAAAGAAUCGUAACACUUCUAGAAUCAAGGGAGGAUCUCAAUAAAAAGUUAUCACAAAUUAUUGCUGGUAUACGAAUACCGGUAGUUGCUGCUGGUUUACUUCAUUAUUUGAAAGGAUGCAUGUUGAAUGACGAUGUGAUUUGUGAUCCAGAAAUUGUUCAUUUUGUUCUUCUUGACCAAAUUGCUUCUUCACAUCGUAAUCUUCAACUUAGUGUAUUUCAAUUAGUUUGUGAUCUCUAUGAUCGGCAAUCAUCAUUAAAUGAAGCUGCUGAACUGAUAAUGGAACGCCAGCGUACAUUAAUAGACCGUUUCGUACAUUUAUUAUCGGUUGGUCAGCCACUAGCAGUUAUCGAAAAAGUUAACAAAAUGUUCAAAGAAGGACAAAUUGAUAUCUCUUUGAUAAGGUAUUUUGCUAUGGAAGUAUUAGAUAUCGUCGAACCGCCAUAUUCUAAAGAAUUUAUCGAUGUUUUUUUACCAAUUGUGUCAAAUGAAGAAAUUUUCCACCGUAAAGUGCAAGAUAAAUCUGAUAGACUUAUAAGAGCGAAAGAAUUCAAAGAGCAUUGUAUGGCGGCCGUUUUUGACCGUUCAUAG